AUGGCUCAGCUUAACCGUCAACAGUCGCCUACAUCCACUAUACCCGACGACAUCAACAUCGCCCAUACCCCGCGAAAGCUACCCCACGAGCCCGUCGUCUCCCCAGGCAGGGCGAACAUCACCAGCCCAUCGCGCGGCAUCCUCGAGCAGGUACUUGAGUUCAAUCGCAACUUCCAGCCCGACGAGCCUGGCGAUACCAUACCCAACACCUACAACCCCGAGGAAUACGUACAAAGCGCUACCGAGGUGGCUACUCCAAGCGUUGGGAACACUCCAGAUCUGAGCGCUGCUGAUCGGGCUGUACAGGACGGGAAGGACAUGAUCGACGCAAUGAAGCGCAUUACCUCGGAAAUCCAACAGCAAUCGACCAGCUCACCUGAGCGACAGACAUAUGGCACAGUUCCCACCCAGCUCUUGCCCAAGAACGCUACAGCAGGACCACAGGAACAGCUGCAAACCCUCCUCCAAUCGGCUCCACCACAAGGUCUCCAGAAGCUUGUCUCCUACCUUGCCCCUCUCCAUAAUCUGCUGAACUCGAUACCCAAUGUAGCCAAAACCAUGCAGGAACUUGGUAGCCGCCUAGACUUGCUGGAGAAUGGAUCUUUCAACUACGUUCAGCCGGAAGAUCUUAACAACACCUUGGAGAUGUACGAGGCUAUGGACGAGCAAAGUAGCACCAGCUCCUUUAGCCGAAGGCGCAUCGACAACGCCACCACGUCGUUUGGCUCCAAUCAAUCUGUUGAUUCCACCACUUCCUCCGCCCUUAUCCUCGCGGCCAUGGAUCGCAAAGAUACAGAAAUGGAGCUUGAUAACAUUAAAGAGAGAUUGGAUGUGCUGGAGUCCGCGGCGCCACCCACAUCGCUCCAGCCUUGGGAAGUUGAGGUUGUCCUACUGCCAUGGGGUCCGGACUUGAAAGGCAUCUGGUUCUCGCCUGAUGAACCCAUGCAUGACAUAGCGAAGACAACAACCCAGAACUCUGAAGAGUGGACCCAAGCUCAUACCUUGAAGACCAUGAAAAGCCUGCCAUUCCUCGGACGAGACUCCGAUUCGAGCCCCUACCCUGGUGCUCGCAACUCGGUCAGAGGAUCUAUACCUAGCCAGGCCGACAACGGGUGGAGUAGCCAGGACAUUAGUAACUGGGCUUCGGGAUCUACGGAUGACUGGUUGUUUCCCAAAGCUUGUGGAAGCAACAACCUAGUCUACAAGCGACUCCAAAGCAGGGGUUUUGUCCGAGAUGUUACGUUCAAGGGUUCCAGCGCCAAAGAUAUUCAAGAAGCCUUGUCACAUGCAUUUUCUGAUGUCUUCGAUUACCUGCAGUACGACGACAGCGACGAAAACCCUAUGAUCUCUGCCUACCCAGGUCUUCGAGCGCCCUACAUACCACUUCGAAAAGUACUCAAGGAGUCGCGACUACGUUUUCUUACGCCCGCCGAGAUGUCCAGCAGUGCGCUCUGGAAUGCUCAGUUUCUCUCAGCCGGUGUCAUGAUGAGAGUUUCCGGUGGAAAGAAAAGGCUUUACGUCACCGUCCGCGAAGCCUAUACCCAACAAGUUGAUCGCAAUGAGUUCGUUGUCAUGGAACAGUCAUGGCCUGAGCUGCGCCAAUUACCUCGCUAUCAACCCGACCAAGACUCGCAGAUGGAGGGCAACGACGAACAGUGCCAAGCGCAUGUCCCUGAAGCGGAUGCGAAAGAAGCAUGUUGGCAGUUCGUCGAGACAUACGAUGCUCCGCCUGCUAGUGUGCAUUCGUCCUUCGGGAGCAAUCAGUCCGUCCAGCUCUCCAUGCGCCCUGCUGGUCGAAAUUGGCGACGGUCAAUCACUCCCAACUCGAUACUUAAGAACAAGCAACCCCAGCCCAUCUCUCCACUAAGUGAGAACCAUCCGCAACGUCCACUAUACUAUCGUAACCGUACGGUAUCUGCUUCGGUUGUCGAUACCGUCACACCUCGUCAGUCGAAACGCCGCUUCAACCCAUCUAUCGUUGAGCAAUCCUCUGCCCCACAGCCAAUCUCACGUGCACCCAGCCUACCAUCCGCGAGGCUGAAGCGCCGUCGCGUAACGAACUCAUCUUCCCCACGACCCGAAGAAGCACACGUAGCGAUAUGGAAUGCGACCCCUCGGCAGUCCCGAGAACCACCGUCGCCUUUCUACUCGUCACAGCCCGCACUACCACGCUCGAACUCAGACGUCAUGAGCAGACCAAGCCAGCGGUCCGUCGCCAUAGCAGGUAAAUCAACGCCUUUCGCCUACGCGACACCGCACUCAGGACCCUUCCCGGCUGGCCCUGGCUUCAACGCUUACAACAACGGCGGUGAUACCGAACCAGACGACGACGACGACGACGCUCACGAUAACGAUGACGGGGAAAAAAGCUGGCGUGGCGUUACCGAUGACGACAAUGACCACGACAAUGACAGCGCUUCAAGCUCAGUACUUGGUGCUGAAACUGGUGCGCAAGAGGGAGCUAGCUUCUCGGGCGACGACAGUGGUUUCGGGAGUGAUAACGGAGAAGAUAGCGAUGCGCCGUCGGAAGACGAGGGAGAGGUUUAUGCGCAGCGUCAGCAUGGUGAAGAGGAUGAAGAUGAAGACGACGAGGAUGUUUUUGACUCUUUGCUUAGUAUCAUUGAAGCGUAG